AUGGCUGCUCCCCCAGUGGAGUACACCAUAGGAGGGGUGAAGAUACAGUUCCCUUGCAAAGCCUACCCCUCGCAGCUGGCCAUGAUGAACUCUAUAGUGCGAGGGCUGAAUCAUGGACAGCACUGUCUAUUGGAGAGCCCUACAGGGAGUGGCAAGAGCCUAGCACUGCUCUGCUCUGCCCUGGCCUGGCAGCAGGCACAAUAUGGUAAGCUUGAACAGGACGGCAGCAGUCCUACAGAGGGUAAGAAGCCAGCUGUCACCACCCCCUGUCAGUGUGCCUGUCAUAGCAAACCCGCCAGUGUCCCAGACAACAGGCCCAAAGCACUAGCCACUGUGGUGGUGGACCUCACAGGCUCACCGGAGGUAGUGAUGGCACAGAGCUCAUCUUCUCCCACAGACCCAGUCUGUUCAGUGCCCCCACCACCAGAAGAGUACAAGCCCAAGUCUCUAGCCUCUCGUCUGUCUGACAAGGUCCAGACCUCCCUCACCUCCGAGGAUGAUGACUUCCAGCCUGAUAGGAAACGCAUCCGCACCCCUGCCAUGGAGCAGAAGGGUCGUAAGAGGAGAUGCUUGGAGCAGGGAGUGGUGUUUAUAGAUGAUGAGCCAGAAGGAGAGCGGCCAGUGCCUGGAGCACAGACCUGGACUGUGGAGCUGAGUACCCAGGCACAGACUAUAGACCUGCCCCUUGAUAGAAACUGCUGUUCCCCCGUGGUGUCCUGCUCUCUCUGCCCCUGUGCCUCGUCAAAAGGCGGCCAGAAUGGAGCCGCGGGGAAGUCUUCAAAGGAGAAGGAGAAGGACAAAGAGGGCAAGAAGAAACAAGUCCCCAAGAUCUUCUUCGGCACGCGCACCCACAAACAGAUCACUCAGAUCGCCCACGAGAUGAAGCGUACGCUCUACUCCUCCGCCCCCAUGACCAUCCUGUCCAGUAGGGACCACACCUGUGUUCACCCAGAGGUGGUGCCUCAUUCCAACCGCAACGAACGCUGCAAGGAACUGCUGGAAGCCAAGAAUGGCGUGUCGUGCCGUUUCAAAAACGGCGUGCACAAGAUGCAGGACCAGAACACACUGCAGUGGGUCCAUGGUCUCCACCAGGCCUGGGAUAUAGAGGACCUGGUUCGGCUGGGGGGCCGGCUGAGGGCCUGCUCCUACUACGCUGCCAGGGACCUCAUGCAGGAAGCCUGUAUCGUCUUCUGUCCCUACAACUACCUACUGGACCCCCUCAUCAGGGAGAGCAUGCAGAUCAACCUGAAGGGUCAGAUCGUGGUUCUGGAUGAGGCCCACAACAUAGAGGACUGUGCCAGGGAGAGUGCCAGCUACACCCUGAACAAACCCCAGCUGCUGUCUGCCCGGGAGGAGCUGGACGGCAUGGUGACCCAUAACAUCAGACGCUCCAACCACGAACCCCUACGUGCCUUCUGCUGCUCCCUGCUCAACUGGAUGCAGGAGAGCUGCAGUGUUCUGGCUGAAAGGGAGUAUGAGAUGUCUUGUAAGGUGUGGAACGGCAAGGAGGUUCUGGGACUCUUCCACACCAUGGGCAUCACUGCUGACACUUUUGCCAUGCUGCAGAAACACCUGGCAGCGGUGUUGGAGAAGGAGGAGCGAGUUGGGCUGGUGAACGGGAAAGAGGACACAGUGGAGGUCCCCACCAUCAGCUCAGCCAGCUCCUCUGUCCUCAAGAGUCUCUUCAUGGUGCUGGACUUCCUCUACAGGGAUAAGAGCAGGUUUGCAGAGGACUACCGCGUGGCGCUGCAGCAGUCCUACACCUGGACCACUGCUCCAGACGUGCCAGAUGCUCAGGGCUUCUUCGCCAGGCCCAACCGCCGACGCCACAGUGCCAAGACCAAGACCCUCGUACACACACUCAGCUUCUGGUGCCUCAACCCUGCUGUGGCGUUCUCAGACCUUUCGGACAGUGUUCACAGCAUCGUGCUGACCUCAGGCACAUUGUCUCCUAUGGGAUCCUUCUCCUCAGAGCUGGGGGUCAAGUUCUCUAUCCAGCUAGAGGCCAGCCACGUCAUCAGCAAGUCACAGGUGUGGGUGGGUACGCUGGGCUCUGGGCCCCAGGGGAGGAAGCUGUGUGCCACCUUCCAGCAUGCUGAGACCUAUGCCUUCCAGGAUGAGGUGGGAGCCCUGCUGCUCAGGGUCUGCCAGGCCGUUGGAAGGGGAGUGCUCUGCUUUUUGCCCUCCUACAAGAUGCUGGACAAGCUGCGUGAUCGCUGGACCAACACAGGGCUGUGGGAGAAGCUGGAGGAGAGGAAGACUGUGAUCACAGAGCCCAGAGGAGGAGGGAAGGGAGACUUUGAUGAGCUGCUGCAGAUGUACUAUGAUGCCAUCAGAAUCAGUGGAGAGUUUGCAGGGGACAGAGAUGGAGCUCUGCUGAUGGCAGUGUGUAGAGGGAAGGUGAGUGAAGGAUUGGACUUCACAGACGACAACGCCAGAGCAGUGGUCACCAUCGGCAUCCCCUUCCCCAACAUCAAGGACCUGCAGGUGGAGCUGAAGAUGAAGUAUAAUGACCAGCACUGUAAAGCCAGGGGUCUGCUGUCAGGCUCCCGCUGGUAUGAGAUCCAGGCCUACAGAGCCCUCAACCAGGCCCUAGGCAGGUGUAUCAGACACAAGAAUGACUGGGGAGCCCUCAUUCUGGUAGACGACAGGUUUGGAAACAACCCCAACAAAUACAUCUCAGGUCUGUCCAAGUGGGUGCGUAACCUGGUCAGGCACCACGACACUUUCAGCGGUGCCAUGCAGUCGCUGGUGGCCUUCUCCCAGUGCCAACAGGGGGCAGGAGAGACCCAUGGAGCAGGGAGCCAGACCUUCAACAGCACCACCUUCCUGUCUCCAGCCAGUCAAUCUCCAGUGACUGUGGAAGAUCUGUCCCACUGUCGGCCCAGUCCUAGCCCCAGCUCAGACUGCCUUCUCUGGGCCACGGUGCACCACACUACCACCUCUCAGGUCCCAGAGCCCCACACCCAGCUACAGGGGUUCAGGUCCUGGGUUCCCCCUACGGUCCCACCUGCUCUGUGGCCUCUCCCCACCACCAGCACUGGAAAGAGUAGAAACAGAGGUGACCAGAAGCAGACAUGGCAACACCCCUCCACUCAUCCGAACAGUGAUCCCAAGGCCCCGCCCCCGAACAUCUCCACUCCCCUCACCACCCCACGGUCCCUGCACCACCUCUUCACCUCCACCCCUGUGAGCUCCACCCACUUCAAGACCCCAAUCUUCCAGGCCCAGAACCCAAGCAGGCGUCAAGAUCAUCUGGAUGACCCGCCACGGCCUGACUCUGUGGAGGAGGAGAAGAAGAACCAGGAGAAUGUAAGUCAGGAUCCCUGGAUCCCCUUCCCAGGAGGGAUGGCCCGUGAGGGGCUGGAUGGAUCGGCAUCUACCCCUCCCAGCCAGGACCAGGCUCCGGUUCUAGACCUCUCCCCAGUGGAGGUCCCUGCCAGUUGUGAGCCCAGACAGACCACUGUAGUUGUUGACGAUCCCACCCUGCUAGAGGAAGAGGAAGACCAGAGCAUCUUCUUCACACCUGAGAUGUUUGAUGACGAAGAGGAGGUGGUGGACACCAAGCCUCUCCCCAGGACAGUGCAGGGGAUGAUGACAGGGGAGGAAACUGUGCUUGCGUCCAGCCUUGCUCUCUCUACCGGAACAGCCCAGGCUCUGUCUGAGGACCUGUUUGGCCCAGAGCAGGGUCCCAGGGAGGACACAGAGACAGUCACUACCACUGAUACCAAGAGGGGCGGCGCUCUCGCUCCCUCGGCCAGUAGAGACUGUGUCAGUUUGGGAUGGGAACAGGACAGGCAGGAGGGGAGUAGGAUAGGGAGUGGUGACGAGGCCCAACAGACCCAGAGACAGGAGGUGAACCAGGGGGCGACCCAAGGCCAGAGCAGGCAGACAGGCAGCAGGACACACAGACUGUCCAGGUCCAGACAGAAAGCUCCAGAGCCAUCCUCAGGUAAACUAACCAGCUACUUCUUUGUUGUCCCUCAGGUUAUAACCAUAGACAACUAGACACCAGGUUAU